UAAGGCUAACCAGCUCGGUCAGCCUGAAAACAAAAUUUCAUUCACCUGAGGCCUCACUUGCCCCAGCUUAAAUAGGACCCAGUCAACCCCUCCACGUAGUCUGAUCCCAGAACCAGUGCUGCUCUGACCAGGUCCAGGCCCGGUCCAGACAAAAAUAUGCUCAAAUACAGUCUGAAAGCAGAACUAGGACCUGAGAGAGGAUCCCCCCACCUUCAGAGACGGUGAGAAGCAGCCAGUUCAAGGAGCUCAACAGGAAACCAACAUGUCUGACAAAAGUGACUUAAAGGCUGAGCUAGAGCGCAAAAAACAGCGUUUAGCACAGAUAAGAGAAGAGAAGAAACGGAAGGAAGAAGAGAGGAAAAAGAAAGAGGCUGAUAUGCAGCAGAAGAAGGAACCUGUUCAGGACGACUCCGAUCUGGAUCGCAAACGCCGAGAGACGGAGGCCCUGUUGCAAAGCAUCGGUAUAUCGCCGGAGCCCCCUCUAGUCCCAACCCCUAUGUCUCCCUCUUCGAAAUCAGUGAGCACUCCCAGUGAAGCUGGAAGCCAAGACUCGGGUGACCUGGGACCAUUAACAAGGACCCUGCAGUGGGACACAGACCCCUCAGUGCUCCAGCUGCAGUCAGACUCAGAACUUGGACGAAGACUGCACAAACUGGGUGUGUCGAAGGUUACCCAAGUGGAUUUCCUGCCCAGGGAAGUAGUGUCCUACUCCAAGGAGACCCAGACUCCUCUGGCCACACAUCAGUCUGAAGGCACUACAGACAGACUCAGGAGCGCUGACUCUGAGGAUGAGGAAGAUGAUGAAAUGGUGGAGCCUAAAGUUGGCCAUGAUUCAGAACUGGAAAAUCAAGACAAAAAACAGGAGUUGAAGGAAGCCCCUCCAAGGGAGCUGACAGAAGAAGAAAAGCAGCAGAUCCUUCACUCAGAAGAAUUUCUCAUCUUUUUUGACCGGACAAUACGGGUCAUUGAAAGAGCACUGGCAGAAGACUCUGACAUCUUCUUUGACUAUAGCGGUCGAGAGUUAGAGGAAAAAGAUGGGGAUGUCCAGGCUGGAGCCAACCUUUCUUUUAAUCGUCAGUUCUAUGAUGAGCAUUGGUCCAAGCAUCGAGUAGUCACUUGUAUGGACUGGUCUCUCCAGUACCCUGAGCUGAUGGUCGCGUCUUACAACAACAAUGAAGAUGCCCCCCAUGAACCAGAUGGCGUGGCCUUGGUUUGGAACAUGAAGUUUAAGAAAACCACACCAGAAUACGUCUUCCACUGUCAGUCCUCUGUGAUGUCAGUCUGCUUUGCUCGUUUCCAUCCCAACUUGGUGGUUGGUGGGACCUACUCGGGCCAGAUCGUCCUGUGGGACAAUCGCAGUCAUCGAAGGACACCAGUGCAGCGGACACCCUUGUCGGCAGCUGCACACACACAUCCCGUGUACUGUGUAAAUGUUGUUGGGACCCAAAAUGCUCAUAACCUCAUCACUGUCUCCACGGAUGGAAAAAUGUGUUCCUGGAGCUUGGACAUGCUCUCAUCUCCGCAGGAGAGCAUGGAGCUGGUGUACAAUAAGUCCAAGCCUGUGGCUGUUACCGGAAUGGCUUUCCCGACAGGAGACGUCAAUAACUUUGUGGUUGGCAGUGAGGAGGGUACAGUCUACACAGCCUGUCGUCAUGGAAGCAAAGCAGGUAUCGGUGAGGUCUUUGAAGGUCACCAAGGGCCAGUGACAGGAAUUAACUGCCACAUGGCAGUGGGUCCAAUCGACUUUUCACACCUGUUUGUCACAUCAUCAUUUGACUGGACUGUCAAACUGUGGACUACAAAGCACAACAAGCCGCUCUACUCCUUUGAAGACAAUGCAGACUAUGUGUACGAUGUCAUGUGGUCCCCUGUGCAUCCCGCGCUCUUUGCCUGCGUGGACGGGAUGGGGCGCUUGGACCUCUGGAACCUCAACAAUGACACCGAGGUUCCGACAGCAAGCGUGGCCAUUGAGGGGGCGUCUGCCCUAAACCGUGUUCGAUGGGCUCAAGCCGGUAAAGAAGUUGCCGUUGGGGAUUCAGAAGGCCGUAUUUGGAUCUAUGAUGUCGGAGAGCUUGCAGUUCCCCACAAUGAUGAAUGGACCCGGUUUGCUAGAACCCUUGUGGAGAUCCGUGCUAACAGAGCUGAUAGUGAAGAAGAAGGCACUGUGGAGUUAUCUACCUAAUGGAAAUGAGUUGUGCCCACCCAGCCCCACCUUCACUGUCUUUCAGCAUUUGCAGUCAAGCCCACUUGUAGUCAGCACCCAUUCAGUAUCAGUAUUGCCAUGAGUUUUUAGGUGCCAGCUUUGUUCCAAGUAUUCCAAAUGUACCCCACCCUGCUCUCUGCUGAUCUGAAAUUCACCAGAGCAUUUCUAUCUUUAUAUUUCUGUCUCAAAAAUGUGUGUGGAAGUGGGGGGGGGGAACCUUUACGGAUUUAGUUGUUGCCUUUUAACUACUUAGUAGCUGUAUUUAAUAGCUAGAAACCUCUGGUUAAAUUUGUGCUUACAUGCACUUCUGGCAUAGUCCUAUUAAAUCCAUAUGAAGCCAGAUAUGAUUAGGUGCAGAUGUGGUGUGCUUCAUGAUAUGGUACAGGGCCAAAGACUUGAGAUGUGGUGUUUUACAUGGUGACUCACAUUAUGAAUGGAUUUACUAGAAGAACAUUGCUGCUCCUUAUUUAUUGUGGUGUGCUGCAUGGAACAUAUUUAUUUGAAAGCAUUAAAAUAAACGAUCCUAGAGCAUGUGUAUAAUGAGAGGACUGUAUUGUCUCUCUGCUGCUGUUGAGGUUACAUUAAGUUCCAAAUAACAAUUACAGUAUGCUCGUACCACUGAGGACAUGAAAUCUUUAGAGGUUUGCUGCAGUGAACGGAAUGAAUUUUAAUGCCUAUUAUUUCUAGGUACUUUAAUAAUAUUUCAAACAUAGUUGACCAUGGAUACUUGUCAUUCAAGCUAAUACAGUCCGACAAAAAUCUGUGGUUCCUAAAUAUGACACCAGUAUUGCCAAUAAAAUGUUCCAAACCAGGUUUG